AUGGUACAACUUGACAAGACGGAGGAGGUGGUGUUUUCAAUCAGUCCUGUUGCAUCCCCACAGACUGAGAAUUUUGAGAAUGGAAAAGUGGGGAAGGUGCUUUCACCGGAGGCAGCUGAGGAAGAGGAGCCCAUUACUUUUCGCGUGAGUGAGUUUCGUCUGCCUCGUACGCCGCAGCACCGCACUAGUGACACCGCGAUUCACGUUGUUCUCACGCCACCUAAUCUCCAACACGUUUCUCACCCUACGGAGGGGGACGAUCUGCGAGCGACGGAGGAUGAAAUGAAAAACGAUAAAUCUUCCACAAAUGCACGUGGCUGCUCCGCAGAAUCGGAGGUGGUCUCGGCUGUUUCUUGCCAGAUGAGAUGCCCAUGUCGCACCACUCGCUAG